UUAAUUAUAUACCACUAAAAACUUUAGCGUUUAACGUCAAUGUUGACUGAUAUAGGUUAACUUCGUUUGACAAGUAGAGGGAGUUUUGCUUUCGAUCGUUGGAUAUUCGGAUAUUUUAAAUCAUUACCCGCAGUAUUUUUCAUGUAAUAUAAAAUGGGCUUGUUAACAGUGCUUAAAAAGUUGAAACAAAAAGAAAAAGAAAUGCGCAUUUUAAUGCUAGGUUUGGAUAAUGCUGGUAAAACGACAGUUUUGAAAAGGAUGAGUGGAGAACCUAUCGACACAAUAUCACCAACUCUAGGUUUUAAUAUCAAAACUUUGGAGCAUCGUGGAUACAAGCUCAAUAUAUGGGAUGUGGGUGGUCAAAAAUCAUUGCGAUCUUACUGGAGAAAUUACUUUGAAUCUACGGAUGGGCUUAUUUGGGUAAUUGAUAGUGCAGACAAAAGAAGAUUGGAAGACUGUAAAAUAGAAUUGUAUAAACUUCUGCAAGAGGAAAGGUUGGAGGGUGCCAGUCUUCUAAUAUUUGCAAAUAAGCAAGAUUUACCUGGAGCAAUGUCUGCAUCAGACAUUGCAGAAGUUUUGGAACUACCUAACAUUAAAACCCAUCACUGGCAAAUAUAUAAAUGUUCAGCAGUUACAGGAGAAAACCUUGUCGAAGGAAUAAACUGGAUUGUAGAUGAUAUUUCUGCAAGGAUAUUUUAUUUAGAUUAAUAUUAAGAAAUGCAUUAAAUUGUACAAUUAAUAUUUUGCCUAGUAUUGUCAUUUUUUACAUUAUUUAUUUUUCACAUCUUAUAAAACAGAAUUAUGGUACUAUUGUUUUUUUCACUUGAAGAAUUAUUAUUAUAAUAAGGAUACAAUAAAUUCAUGAUAUUUCUUAAAA